AUGAAUACUACAGAUGCACCAGUAGAGAAACUAAAGAGGAUGAUAAUGAAUACUACAGAUGCACCAGUAGAGAAACUAAACUUGAUUGAUACAUUACAAAAGUUAUGUGUGGCUUAUAACUUUGAAGAAGAGAUAGAAGAUGCUUUGCAAAAAAUUUAUAAUGAUUGUGACAUUCAUCAUUAUAAUGAUCUCCACAAUGUAUUUGAAAAGUUCAAAGAUGUUGAUAGGAAAUUCAAGUCAUCCUUGAUUAAUGAUGUUCAAGGAAUGCUAAAUUUGGGUGAGGCGGCACACUUCGCUAUUCAUGGAGAAGAUAUUCUGGAUGAAGCCCUCGCUUUUACAGCCACUCAGCUUAAGUCAGUGGCAUCUCGUGUAAGCACUCACGUUGCAGAAGAAAUAAAUCAUACUUUGAAAUUUUCUAUCCGUAAGAGCGUACCAAGGCUUGAGGCAAGAUUUUUCUUGUCCACCAAUGCAAGAGAUGAUUCUCACAAUAAAACUUUGCUUAAAUUUGCGAAGUUGGACUAUAACAUACUUCAACUGAGGCACCGGAAGCAACUCAGUGAUAUCUUAAAGUAA